AUGUCGAAAGCAAUUGGAAUUGACUUAGGCACCACGUACUCCUGUGUCGCUCACUUCACCAACGACAGGGUUGAAAUUAUCGCCAAUGAUCAAGGAAACAGAACAACCCCCUCUUAUGUUGCAUUCACAGAUACAGAGAGGUUAAUUGGUGAUGCUGCUAAGAACCAAGCUGCCAUGAAUCCUGCCAAUACGGUAUUCGAUGCCAAGAGGCUCAUCGGAAGAAAGUUCGAAGACCCCGAGGUUAUCGAGGAUGCGAAGCACUAUCCAUUCAAAGUAAUUGAUAAGAAUGGUAAACCAAACAUUCAGGUUGAGUACAAAGGCGAAACAAAAGUGUUUACCCCCGAGGAGAUUUCCUCGAUGGUCUUGGGCAAGAUGAAGGAGACGGCAGAAGGUUUCUUGGGUGGGACUGUUAAUGAUGCAGUUGUAACUGUCCCUGCUUACUUUAACGACUCACAAAGACAAGCUACAAAAGAUGCUGGUUUAAUCGCUGGUUUGAAUGUCCUAAGAAUUAUUAACGAGCCCACGGCGGCUGCCAUAGCCUAUGGAUUGGACAAAAAAGGGCAACAAGCUGGUGAAAAGCAUGUCUUGAUUUUUGACUUGGGAGGUGGCACUUUUGAUGUAUCACUCUUGGCAAUUGAUGAAGGGGUAUUCGAGGUUAAAGCAACCGCGGGAGAUACUCACUUGGGAGGCGAGGAUUUCGAUCAUCGCUUAGUGAACCAUUUCGCCCAAGAGUUCAAAAGGAAAAACAAAAAAGAUUUGACCUCUAACCAAAGGGCAAUGAGAAGAUUGAGGACUGCAAGUGAACGUGCAAAGAGAUCCUUAUCUUCUUCAGCCCAAACCUCCAUCGAGAUCGAUUCCUUAUUUGAAGGCAUAGAUUUCUACACUUCAAUUACUCGAGCGAGAUUUGAAGAACUCUGUGCUGACUUGUUUAGGAUAACUGUUGAUCCAGUGGAGAAAGUAUUGAAAGACGCAAAAUUGGACAAAUCUCAAGUAGAUGAGAUCGUCCUUGUUGGUGGCUCCACCAGAAUCCCGAAGAUUCAGAAAUUGGUCACUGAUUUCUUCAAUGGAAAAUAUCCCUGUAAAUCUAUCAAUCCUGAUGAAGCGGUGGCAUAUGGAGCUGCUGUUCAAGCCGCUAUUCUUACUGGUGAUACUUCUUCGAAGACUCAAGACUUGUUGUUGUUGGAUGUUGCCCCAUUAUCUUUGGGAAUCGAGACAGCUGGCGGUGUUAUGACAAAAUUGAUCAGCAGGAAUGCUACAAUUCCAACGAAGAAAUCCGAGACCUUCUCGACAUAUGCAGACAACCAGCCUGGUGUUCUCAUUCAAGUAUAUGAGGGCGAAAGAGCACGAACUAAGGAUAAUAACUUACUAGGUAAGUUUGAGCUUUCGGGCAUCCCACCAGCCCCCAGAGGUGUGCCUCAGAUUGAAGUCACAUUCGACAUUGAUGCAAAUGGGAUUUUGAAUGUUUCAGCAGUUGAGAAGGGUACAGGUAAGACUCAGAAGAUUACGAUCACAAAUGAUAAAGGCCGGUUAUCGAAAGAGGACAUUGAAAGAAUGGUGUCCGAAGCUGAGAAAUUUAAAGAAGAGGAUGAGAGAGAGGCUGGACGUAUUCAGUCGAAAAAUACAUUGGAAUCAUAUGCUUACUCCUUAAAGAACUCCAUCAAUGAUGGCGAGAUGAAGGACAAGAUCAAUGCUGACGAUAAAAGUAAGUUGACGAGUGCCAUUGAGGAAACAAUUCAGUGGUUGGAUUCUUCUCAGGCAGCUUCAAAAGAAGAAUACGAUGAUAAGCAUAAAGAGUUGGAAUCUAUUGCGAACCCUAUUAUAUCUGCUGCGUAUGGAGCAGCAGGGGGCCCUGGUGGUGCAUCCGGAGGAAAUGGCGGUUUCCCUGGAUCUCAGGGUGGAGGAACAUCCGGUGGAGAUGGUGGGAACACUGGCGAAUCCGGGCCAACGGUGGAAGAGGUCGAUUAA